UUUAAUGUUUUGUCGCAUAUUUCAGGUAUUAUAAAACCUGAAUUCGGCUGAAGUACUGCAGAAGGCCUCAAAAGUUAUCUAUUGCUUUAAUGUUCAAGCUCCUCCAAUAAACACCAAGAGCAUAUAGGUCAAUAGAAAGCCCUUCAUAGGCCUAGGCAUAAACACCAAUCCACCAUCACCUUUUCUUUGUUACACAAAGCACAAGCAAUAAUGACUUUAGUAACAGAAGAGCUGAAGGCCAGAGCAGAGGUGUAUUAUGGAGACCAAGUUUGCAGGGAGAAGUUCGCUAUGUUGCUUGCAGAAAUAGGCCUCCCAGAUGGGUUAUUAACCAUUCAGGACAUUGAGGAAUGUGGGUAUGUGAAAGACAUAGGCUUUGUUUGGCUCAAGCUCCAGAAGAAGGAGGAAUACAGGUUUGAUAACAUACUUGUUUGCUAUGAUUCAAUAAUUACAGCAUAUGUGGAGCCAAACAAGAUCAAGAAUCUUACUGGGGUUAAGGCUAGGGACUUCUUGAUUUGGUUCACCUUGAGUGAGAUUUAUGUCAAGGGCCCUCCUGAUGGAUCUGUCAUCACCUUCAAGUCUUUGGUUGGCUUGUCUAUGUCUUUUCCCGUGUCAUUGUUCACAGCAGGGAAAGAAGCCAUGGAAGAACCAAAGGAAGAGAAGCCGUGGAGGAUCAUCAAACUGUAAUUAGCACAAAUAAAUUAAUAAUUAAUUAAUUAAUAAAAUAAAAUAAUAUUGUAUUUGUAUAUGAUUAUGAUGGAUUAUUCAUCAGAUUAUUGCUGAUGUAAUGCACUUGUAUAUAUGUAAU